AUGUCGGAGGGAUUUAGUUCAAAAGACGAGUACAACCAAAAUGGGUGUUUUCAGUAUAAGUGGCACGAGGCAAACGCCUUCAAGAUCCUCUUGUCAGGCACUUAUAAGAGAUCGAUGACUUUAAGGCAACUGCACCUCGCUGCAGAAGAGGCGGCCCCGAAGCUUGACAAAAAACAGCUCAGUGUGGUUAUUCAUCACCUAAAAGAGUCGUUAGCAUUACGUCAGAACUACUCUCUACGCUUCCGCCAUGCUCCGUUGCAGCACCGGCGCGGGCAUGACUUCUGGUCCGGGCUAAUUCAACACAUCAUCGACUUUGCCAAUCCACACGCUCCAGAUGAGGAAAGAACCGAAGAAUUUGAGGACGUCGAUAUGACCGCCGGCAAAGCCACCUUCCUUCGCUUCCUUGAAGACAUUGAAUCGUGCGUUGCUCAGGCAGAAGAUCUUUGGCGGCGGGUUGCGAAGGGGAAGGCGCAUAUAUCAACAGCUUCAAUACUGACAAAGACAUGCCUCUGUACAGUUACAUCUAUGGUCAACGCGGAAAUGCUCCUUAACCCGUCCUGGUUCACGAAAGAUCGACUGGCUGCACAUGUAUCAGCGGACGGCUUCCCGUACUGGACUGAGCUGCGAGCUUGUGUCUACAAUAUUGACGAUAUCUUCAUGAAAGUGGUACCACCAAUAUUCUUGUCAGGAACGCCCUUCUCCAAUGCGCCACUUCUCACACAAAUGCUGGUGAAAGUCAAAGAGCUGCAUCAUUCUAUGAUAAUUUCCGAGGUUCCCUUCAUCGCUGCCGUAGCAGCCUCUCUGGCUGCCCGAUGCUCUAAUUUGGGCCUUUCCACUGAGAAUCUCUGCUCGCCCGUCCACAUGCAGAUCAUUUCUACGGAUGUCAUAUUAGCAAGGCAUGCAGAGACCUACAAAGAUACCACCAAUACAAUACAUGAUAUCUUACGGGACAUGAAAAGUAUCAAAACUUGGGCAGCAACAUGUCACGACGCUAUAAGCUUUGGCCAAAUAAUGAGCUGGCUCAGAAUCCGCCACGUCCUUUGCGUCCGACUAUUCGUACACGACAGCAGCCUUCUUCAGCUUUUUGCCUACAUAUGUGAGCGCACACGAAUCAACGGCAAACCUCUGCACCCCGUUCUGGAAGGAUUGUUCAAUGACCGAAGGAUCACUGGCUUUCUCUUCCUCGACGGGCGACCGAAGAAUCUUGGAGACUGUGUUCGGGGCAUUGAGAGGUGGUCCGACCCCAAAGGAAUGCUCGACAAUCUCGAGCUUACCCAGGACAUCUUUGGGGCAAGAUAUAAACCUACUGUGGCCCAGCAGAUUUUCGAAGGAAGAGGUGGCGCGACGCAUGCCAUAAUAGAGCAACUAAAUGGGAGAUCACUGGAAGAAUACCUGGACUGGGAGCUCGAGCCCCCUGACCCAAUGCGCCUUGAAGCGAUUCUGAUCAGCACGAUCAGGAAUGACAUGGGUAAUGACUCGAUCAAACUCGAAUUCGAUGCAGGUCCAUGGCUGCAGCUUGUCCCCGUUAUUGCGGACCUUGACUUGAACGGCGAGGCGCUGCGUGAAUACGCGACGACGGUAUUCAAUAAGGGCGGCGGCAUCUACGUAGACAUGGCCGUGAUAUGGUUCCCCCACGAAUACGAUCACCAUGACUUUCCCAUACCACCUCCAUUGACAGAAGCGAAAGCGGCGACGACAGCGAGCGCACACGUUAGCGUAUGGGUAGUUGAAAAGAAACGACAAGCAAUAGGCGACUGGUGCGUUGAGGCUGAUCGAUGGUGGAAACGUCGAGUGUGGGGGCGUUGCAUCCCGUUCGCUUCCAACUACUUCUACAACUUCGGGCUGGGCCUCCCCAAGCUCAGCAUGCUGGCGUUUUGCUGGGCUUAUUUUGAUCUCGGGCAGAAGGCCAAGCUGCAUAGAUUGCUUUGGAUCACGACCACCUUCAUCGUUGUCUGCUACCUAACCACGCUCUACGAUGAUACCUUCUCAUGCGGCCGUGUCGUCUCAGUGCAGUGGUCCUAA